AUGAAAAAUAUUAGCAAUGUUAAAAAUACAUUAUUUAUUUUUGGGUCAGGAGAAUGUGGGCAACUUCCUCCAAAAUAUUGUGAUGAAUAUAUACAAAGCAAUCCUAAAGCAAUUCAUGAUUUACCAUCUAAUAUUGAAGAAGUAAUAUGUGGAUCUAUGCAUACAAUUAUAAAAACAAAAGAUGAUAAAAUAUAUUCAUUUGGAUGUAAUGAUAUGGGUGUAUUGGGAAGAAAAACAUUUAGUAAUAGUACAAAAGAUCCUGAACAUUCACCUACAUUAAUAAAUUUUUCAUUUCCUUCAAAAAUAAAAAAAAUAACAUGUGGAGAUAAUCAUACAGCUAUUUUAUUACAUAAUGGGAAAGUAUUUAUUGCAGGCGGGUUUAGAGAUUCAUUUGGGGUUUUAGGAAUUCCUUCAUUUUCAGAUGAUGAUCAAGUUUUGCCAAAAACGGAUAAAUUUAUCGAAGUCAAAUUCGAGCUCCCUGAAAAGGGCGCCGAAAGUGGCGAAGAAAGCGAGGCGAGCGAAAGUGACGAAGAAAGUGAUGCGGCUGGAAGCGAAAGCGAAAGCGAAAACAGGGCUGAAAAUGACGCGGCUGGAAGCAAAAACAGGGGCUGCAAAAUAAUAAACAUCGUUUCAGGUGAAGACCAUUUGAUAUGUCUAGAAAAAACACGAAAGCACAUAUUUACGAUGGGAAAUAGUGAUUCGUGCCAAGUUUGCAAUCCAUACUAUUCCCAAGAAGAAUCAGAAAAAAAUCGAAUCAAAUAUUUAUUUCCUAAUUGUUAUCAUUAUAAAGAUUUUGGGUUUUUAAAUAAAUUUAAAAAUAUAUAUUGUGGAGGUAAUAAUACAUUUAUUCAAUUAUCAAAAUCUUUAGAUGUAUAUGGUAUUGGUAGAAAUGCUUAUGGGUCAUGUGGUGUUAAUUUAAAAGAUAAUAUAAUUAAAACUUUUAAAAAAAUAAAUGAAUUAUCUAAUAAAAAAAUAAAACAAUUAUGUGGUGGACAAAGUUUUACUGUAUGUUUGUUAAAAAAUAAUGAUUUAUACAUAUGGGGAAAUAGAGAAAUAUUAGGAAUGGAAUAUCAUGAUGAUUCUUUUAGUCCAAUAAAAUUAGAUUUUUUUAAAAAUAAUAAUUAUAUUGUUAAAAAAUUAUUUUGUGGAACAGAUCAUUGUUUGGUUUUAACAGAAAAUGAUAAAUUAUUUGGUUGGGGAACUGGAGGAAAUGAAUUUGAUGAGAAUAGUUCUAUUGGUGUUAUAGAACAAAAUAAACCAUCUGAAAUUAAUUUUAUAAAAUAUUUUAAUAAAGAAAUUUUUAAAAAUAAUAUGAACAAUUCAGAUUUAUUAAUAAAUCAAAUAAAAAUUACAUCGUUUUCUGGUGGUUCAUCACAUUGUGCUUUAAUAUCAUCUCAUACUUUUUCUGAAAAAGUAUCAUUGAAAAGAGGUCAUGAUGAAUCAUAUAAUGAAGAUAUUUAUAUGAAAAAACAAAAAAUGGAAAAAAUUAUGAACAGUUCAGGUAAAAAUGAUAUUAUUAUGAACGAAGAUGAUAAUAAAAUAAAUAUUGACCAAACCGAAGAUAUAAAAAAAAAAAGUUUUUUUGGAUCAUUUUAUUUUAGCUCAACAAAAUCAAAUAAUAAAGAUUCUAAAUUAUCAAAAGACGAAUUUGAAAUUGAUAAAAAUGAAACUUCACAAAAUGAUACUAAUCAAUAUGAUACAACAUUAGAUGAAGAUGUAACUAAAAAAAGAAAAAGUACAAAAAAUAAAUCUUAUGUAAAUAUUGAAAAUCCAACAAGAAGACAGCCAAGAAGAUCUUGUAAAGAAAAUAUAUCUUUAAAAGAAAAUGCAAAUAGACAAUUUUAUCAAAUUGUUGAUGAAUCAAUUUCGAAAAAAAAAAGAAAAACAGAUUCUGAUAUAAAAAGUAAUAAAAACCAACUAGAUAAAAAAAAAGAAUCGAAAUCUUUCUCUGCAAAAAAUAAUAAGCGAAAAUCGCUGACACAUCCUUCUGCCAAAUAA